AUGCAAAAUGAGAAGAAGCGCAGAAAAAGAAGAGGGUCCCUUGCUGCCACUGUGUCCCCCGGAGUGACGAAGAAGGACAGCCAAUGUGGCAUUUUGAAGGGGGAAGCAACCUUCCCAAAGAGUAAGCAACAUAAAGGUGAGGAAGAAAAGAAAAAAAAGACAAACGAGUUGGAAUAUAUGGCAUACGUGUACCUCCUAAUGGAAUACUUUUUCGAAAAUAACGAAAUGACCGUUUUGAAUGAAAAUUUUUACCUGCAAGAAAAUGUGCUGUCCAUAACGGAGACACUAAUUGGACACAUUUUGUGGGUCUAUGAUAAGGAGAAAAAAAAAUUAUAUGGGUCCAGGAUAACCGAACUGGAAGCAUACAAAGGAACUGAAGACAAAGCAUCCCAUGCAUAUAAUAAUAAAAAAACAAACAGGAAUGCCACCAUGUUUGGGAAAGGCGGAAUCAGUUACGUGUACCUCUGCUAUGGAAUACACAACUGCUUAAACAUAGUAACAAAUGGAGAAAAUAUCCCCGACGCGAUUUUGGUUCGAUCGUUGGAGCCAUUUUAUGGUGUCGACAGGAUCUUGCUUAAGAGGUAUAAAAUUCAUUCUGGAGGGUCCAUGUUGGGAAAAGGCUCUUCUGAUCUUUCUGCAUGCGCGGUGAAAGGAGAAGGGGGUGGCAUUCCCAUUGGCUGCCCAGAUGAACCUCCUCACCACGACAGCAAUAACUACCUGGUUAAAGAGAAGCUCCAAAGAAUUGAAAAAGUAAAGGCCAUUUUGAAAUCCAUAAAUAUGAGAAAAUUGGCCAAGGUUUGUAGUGGCCCUGGGUGUGUAACAAAAUGCUUAGAUAUUACCAGGCAGGACGAUAAGGCCAGUUUUUUUUCGGAUCUGCCGCAAUAUUCCAGGGAAGGUAAAAACAUAAGCCCGGAUCACUGCUCUACAUGCAACAUAAGCCAUUUACAACAGAGUCGGUUCUUCAUUAGCAUCUGUCCCAGCGUAUGUGAAGUAAUUAAUUUUUACGAAACAUUGGUUGCUCAAAAAAGGGGGAAUGAUAACUACAUAGAGGAGGUAUACAGUCAGUACAAGACGCACUUGCUAGACUAUUUCAAGUGCAUGAAAUGGGACCAAGAAGGAGUGGUCGUGCAGAGGGACAAACGGGUAGGAGUGGCCUAUGCUCAGGAGGCUGCCCUGUAUGAUUACCGUUUUUUGUUAAAGGGCCAUCCUUCCAUUUCGGUCUUACCGAAGUGA